AUACGCUCGAGGAUCACUGUUGUAUGCGCCGAGUGUAAACGCCUCAAGCUGAAAUGCGACAGACGGACACCAUGCUCGUCUUGCAUCAAGCGCGACACCGUCCAGCGGUGCGUGUACUCACAAGCCGCAGCAGAGAAGAUCGACGUGCAGUCGCUGCACAAUCGUAUUGUUGUGCUCGAGGGCAUAUUGACAAAGCUGGGCGAGGCAUCGCCCGGCGCACCGAUUCAGAGCAUACUCGGAAGCAGCGGGUUCAAGGCACCCUUCGGAAAUCUGGCUGCACCCGGAGCUGACAAUGCCAUACCUGGGCCUGGGAUGAAUCAUUCGUUCGUGCCGAGCAUCAGCAAUGACCGUGCGUUGCUUGCAACGGGAGCAACUGGGAGCUCCGUCGUGAUCAGCUUGGACGACGUCGCAAGCAUCUGGUUGAAUGAGUUCCACGACAUCGCGCUCGGCCAGGCAGAUGCCUCAUCGAGUAGCCCGUCCGCU